ACGGUCGAACAACAAGAAAAAUCGCGUGCGUCUGGUACUUUACUCCCAAAAAGCCCGUUAAUUCCAUUUUAAAACUGACACGUGCAACAAUUUCCGGUCAAUUGUCUCGCGAAAAAAAAAAAACGUGAAACGCAUUACGAAAAGAAAUUCUUGUGAAGAAAAAAUCCCGAAAAAUUGAUGAAAAAUUUUCUACAUUCAUUCGGAAUGAUCAUCAGUCGGUAGUCGCCGUCGUCUUCGUAGCAGAAUAUCUAUUUUUAAUUUUAUUUUAAAAUAAAGUGCGCACAUUCGAUUUGCUUCUGUGAAGUAAAGAAGGAAUUUUCUGUAUACGCAAGAUUCACAUUCGGAACGGCGGAAAAAAAAUGUAAAUUUGCACGAUUGAAUCGAUCAUUUUGUCUCGAUUUUUAUGUGAAAUUAGAAAAAUAUUAAAAUUAAAUUUUCAUCAUUUAAAAAUAUCGCAAUGAUUGAAAAUUAAAAAAAAAAAUGUGAAAAAAAUAUAAAAAAAAAAUUUAAAUCUGAAAAAAUUGCCAUUGUUGCACUUUUUAUGUGAACGCAAGACAAAAAAAACUAAAAGAAAAGAAAAUAAAAUAAAAAGAAAACUCAACAAAGAAAAAGCAAAAAAAAAGUGAAAAUAUGUUUGAAUUGUUUUAAAAAUAACAGAAAUUUAGGAGACACACAAUAAUAAUGUCUCGCUCAUGAUAUUCUAAUAAUAAAUAAAGUUUUAUAAAAUAGUGGCUGUUCAGAGAAAAAAAAAGAUCAAACAAUGGUGAACAUAGUGAAUUGAACGAAAAUUAAUCAAAAAAUAUUGAGAUCGGAAUUGAGAAAAUUAGUUGAAAAAAACGAUAAAUUAGCUUGCUCGCCCACUUUUCGGCAUGAAUCACAUCUAUCCGAUGGUCAAAGGGGACCAGCUGUGUCCCCUUGGCUUCCAUCCGCAAGUCCGUUGGCCCACGAGAUGCAAACGUUGCUUCCGCGACUACAAAGAGCACGGCAACAAACGGGGGCUGGAAGAUGUGACUUCAUCCUCGCCAAGUAUUUCCGAGAGCAGAUUCACGUCGCCGGCAAAUUUCGAUCAACCCGUUCGAAGUUGGACUUCGACGCAAAAUCUCUCGAGCUUAGCUAACAAUGAGCCGCAGCAAGUGACAACACAUCGACUAACAUUACCAAAAAGGCCGGCAAGUUGGGCAUCCACGCCUGAUCUCGAACAGGAAAAGCCCGAUGUUACUGUAAAUGUCAAAAUUCCGCCGCGCAGGAGACUAACAGUGCAUCUCGAUGGGAUCGAAACAGUGGAGACUGUAACGAUAAAACCGCCGAAGAGUCCCACGAAAUCCGUGGGUCCCGGUCCAAAUGAGCUAAAAAUGGAUUCAACACCAGAAAUUAAGGCAGCAGAACCUCCUCUUGUGUCAAUCACACAAUCUGACUCCUUGGCAGAACGUGUUCGCAAAAUGCAAAUCCUAAAACGUCAAGGAAGUUGGGAAAAAGAAGGAAGUCGGGAAAGGGAGCCCGAGGAAGAAAAAUCAGCAGAAAAGAAGCCUGAGCCCCGUAAACGUCUCGUAAAUGCCGCCACAGACACAGUUUCCAAGCAAAAACCCGCAGAUUUGCCCGUCAAACCACCCGUGACGCCCUCAAAACCAGCUGAAGCUCCAAAAGCCACUGCCGAAGACACUGCUACGCCCACAGUUCGUCGUCGACGACCAACGCCAGCAGUAACUGAGUCGCCUCUUGCCUCUCCGAAAGUCUUGCCAAAAGUAGCUGAAGCUGAAAAACCUCGAAUACGACGUCGCGAGACCACAACUUCGUCCUCAUCUUCCGACGAUUCGAGUCAAGGAUCUCCGGCAUCGCUGAAAAAACUCGAAAAAACCUCAAAUAACGCCAAUUCAUCCGACAUUCAAUUCCUGAUGCAAGUCAAGGACAGCGCAAAAACGAAACCCAAGAAAUCCGUCACUGACGACACGAUCUCGAAUUGCACGGAAACGACAGACACGACGCUCGUUGAUACCCGCGAGAUGCAAGAAGAGCUCGAAAGUCUCAAACGCGAACUCGAAAGUUGGAAAACGCGAUGCGAACGUGCCGAACGCGACAAAAGUGACAUCAUGUUGCGACGAAUUUCCGCCAUGGAUACCGGAACGAAUCGCACGGCGGCAUCGGAAGUGCUGAAAUUGCAGCAAAAAGUCAACGAAAUGAAGAGCGAAAUUGAGGAUUUGAAGGAUGAGAAGAAAAUUUUGGCGGCAAAGGUGAAGGAAGUCGAGUGUGAUUUGGAUGCGCGCCCAUCGAAGAGUGUCGAGGAAAUGUUGCGGGCGAAAUUGGAGCAAGCGGAAGCUCUGUGCGAAGAGUUGAUGGACGAGAAUGAAGACAUGAAGAAGGAAAUUCGGAAUAUGGAAGCGGAAAUGGAUGAGAUGCACGACAAUUUCAGAGAAGAUCAGGCUGAUGAGUAUUCGCGGUUGAAACGAGAGCUGGAACAAACGACGAAAAAUUGCAGGAUUUUGUCGUUCAAGCUGAAAAAGUGUGAUCGCAGAAUUGAGCAGCUCGAGGGAGAGAAACAGGCGUUGGAUGGACAAGGAGGAACGGAAUUGUUGGCGAAAAUUAACAAGCUGGAGGAGGAAUUACGAGUUGCGAAUGAAGUAGCAAGACGACUUCAGAUCGAAAACGAAAAAGGCGGCGAAACAAAACGCGCACCAUCCCUCGGCAACAUUGGCAAAUCAACAUCUGCUGACUCGGCGGGCAAAGUAAAGCGCGCAUCUCUCAUGCGUGGCGGCUCCCAAGAAGAUCCCGUGCAACUUCUACGCGACUUGCAGGACUCGAUCGAGCGUGAACACGACAUCCGCGAACAACUGAAAUACGCCGAAGAAGAGGCUGAAACGCUUCGUGCCAAAGUUUCCCGUAUCGAAGACGAAAAUGAGUCGUUGGUGAUGCAAUUGAAGAAAAUGGCAAAUAAGGCGAAAAAUAGCCGGAAACCGAGUCCGAAUCCUCCAACGCGUCGCGGAGUGCUUGAACCGCCCGUUGAACGCGACGAAGGCAUCGACGAAGAAGACCCAGCUGAGCUCCGACUGCAACUGGAACUGAAUGAACAGGAAACUGUCGUCCUUCGACGUCGCCUGGAGGAAUUGGAAAAGGAAACUUCGCAGUCGAAGCAACAAAUUAAGGUGUUAGAGGAGAAAUUGGAGUCGAAAACGAAAGAAUUGGCGGCAAAACCGAAAGCAACUCGUCCAAGGUCAACAGAUUCCGCUCUGAAAGACCCCUUGAACGACAAAAAGAUUCAAGUGAUGGAAGACGAGAUCAACGAAUUACGCAAAAAAGUCAUCGAAAAGGACAGAGACCUCGAACGAUUGGAAAACGAGUUGAGUUUGAGCAAAAAACCAAAAUUAGCAGCAAAAUCGAAAGACAUGAAUGUCACAGAACAACAAAAUUUGGACUUUAAACGACAAUUACAGCUCGUCGAACAAGAAGCUUCUGUCUUGCGAAGCAAAACUCAAAAAAUGGAAGCUGAAAAUGAGAAAUUAAACACGGAAGUGAAGAAGUUACAACUGCAAGUUGCACGCGCAAAGGCCUCUAGCAACAAUAAACUCAACGAAAUCGGCUCAGAUCCAAAAACGAAAGAAACUUUAGAAAAGCUGGAAAAGGAAAAGAACGAAUUACAAGCAAAACUGAAGACAAUUUUAGAAGAAGCUACGGAAAAACUUCCUGCUCGGACUCCCAAAAAGUAUUCAGAAUCCCUCACAAAAUUACAAUUAAAGAAAAUGCUGGAAGAGCUCGAAGAAGAAAUCGCUGAAAAUCGUGCCAUUAUCGCGAAAUCUGGCGGUGAUAAAAUUAAAACUUUAGAAGCUGACAAAGUAAAAGCUGAAAAUGAGCUGAAAGAAGCGGAAAAACGUUACGAAGCAGCUCAAAAAGAGAUUCGCUUGUUAAAAUCCAAGACUGACACCGAAAAUGUAUCGACAUCCAAGGUACGAGAUGAGCUCCGAACGGAAAAGGAAAAAGUUUUGAAACUCGAAAAAGAAUUAGAAAAAGAAAAGAAAGAAAAAACGAAGCUCGAUACCAAAGUAACCGAACUCGAAACUCAAAUCCAUGCCCUCAAAAAGGCCGCUGAUCGUUCAAAAGCUGAACACGAAAAGGAAUUAAAUUACCUGAAAUCCCGAUCAAUGACUGCCGAAGUUCCUUCCAAGAAAAUGCAAGAACUAAAAGAUCACGUGAAGGAAUUGGAGGAAAAACUGGGUGCCGAACAAAAACGCUACGAAACUCUUCAGAAGAAGAUCGAAGGCUUAGAAGAAGAGCACAUAAUCGAAAAAUCUCAUCUAAUUACCGACAAGGAAAAUUUGGAAUUUGACUUGCGGAAUAUUCGAAUGAAGAUUAACGAACUUCAAGCGAACGAGACAUUACUAAAACGCGAAAAUGACGACUUAAAUCGAAGAAUCCAUGAGCAACAGAAGACCAUGAAUACCAGAAGUGGUCGCGAAGCGCAAUUAUCGGCGAUGGAUGCGGAAAAAACGCGUUACAAGAACCUCAUGGAACAAGCGCAGCACGAACUUGAGACGAAAAAUCGCGAAAACGAGAUGAAUCGCGAGAUGUUGUCGCAAGUGAGACGAGAAGCGGAUGAAUUACGCAAAAGAUUGGAAGAUUUCGAGCGGAUUGACAAGUCACAUCGCACACUGGGAGAUCACAAUAGCGCUUUGGAGAAGGAAAUGAAGUCGUUGAAGCAACAACUGGAAACGGCGGAGAUUCAGAGCAAGUCGGAAGUGGCUGCGACGCGUUUGCGAUACGAGCAACAAGCGAAUCACCUGCAAACGGAAAUGAAAACGCUUCAACAUCAGUGUGAAAGGUUCAAACGGGAUCGCGAUACGUUCAAACAACUGUUGGAAGGAGCUCAGAAAACAAUUUCCGACUUGAAACAGAACCGCAAGAGCAUUGCCUCGAUCUCGUCGAGCGGCGAUGAAGACGAAAAAACUAAAAUUGCCAUUCUCGAACAGCAAAUUGGCUGUUUGGAAGACGAAUUAAGUGAAGCGCGCUUAGAAACUGGUAAAUUACGAACGGAAUUGGUAUCUGAAAAGAGUAAUGCUGACGUUAAAAUAUCCGAGCUGACGUCAAAACUCAACGAAUAUGAAGAAGAAAAGCUACUUGGAAGCGGAAGAACUCGUCUCAGCAGCACCAAAACAAAGUUAGAGCUUUCGUGGCAAAAGGAACGCGAAGAACAACAAAGACUUGUACAAGAAACUGCGACUCUUGCACGCGAUUUGCGCCAAACGCUGUUCGAAGUAGAGCGCGAACGUGACAAGGAACGCUUAGAAAGCAAACGCAAGAUCGAGCAAAUCCGAAAAAUGACAGAAGAAGAGCUCGAAGAUGGUAGGAAGAAGAUUUCUGAGUUGCAGAGUGACUUGUUGGAGUUGAGAGAUGUUCACGCCAAACUACGAACUGCCAAUGAAAAGUUGAGACGCGAUCGGGAUCGUUAUGAAAAGGAAGCUCUGAAACGAAAACUCGAACACGAUGGCGAACGUAAAGUUGGAGCUCUUUUACAGACAGUGGAUGAACUUGUCAAAAUUGCUCCAGAUAUUCAAAUUAAAACAGAUAAGAGAUCCGCAUCAAGCAGCAGUAAUAACAAUCUACCCAUUCCAAGUUCGAGAGUCAGCAAAAGUCGAACGCCAUCGCCACAGCGCCAACAAAAGCAAGUUGCCUUUUCAGACGAACAAUUGGAUAUCACGAACAUCUUAGCACGUCUAGCAGAAGCCUCUGAGGAGCUCCGUCGUUAUCAGAGAAUCGCUGACGAAGAUAAAAUUCGUGAAAGAGCACGUCGAAGCGGAAUGCGGCGAGCUGCAAGUACAGAAGGAGACGACAAACAAUCACCAAUUGUGGGAAGACGUCUUGGCUCUGGACUCAAUCGGAAUGGCAGUUUACAGAAAAAGAGUUUGUCUUUGGAUCAGUCAAUGAAUAAAGAUCAAUUGAUUUGGAAGCAAGACAGCGUUGACGAUAGCAUGUCAUCAAUGCAGUCAAUUGAUUCGGAAUUUGGCGAGUCCCGAUUCUCGGAUGUGUCGGUUGCGAGCGACUUGCCACGACAUCGCAAGAAGAAACGCGGUCUCAUUAGUAAAUUACGAUCGAAGCUAUCGAGCGGCAGAGGAAGUGAUAGUGAGAUGUCGCGUCACGGAAGUGACUCAGACUUGUCACUGGGCGGCGACAUCGCCUCAAGCAAAAAAGACUUAUCAAAAAGAAUUAGUGGCAUCUUUAAGCGGAGCGGAUCGAGUUCUCGCGGCAAUAGUAUAGAAAAGACAUUACCACCGAGCGGGAGCAAUAACGGUAAUGGCGUUUCGCAGCAACGACCGAUUUCCGUGCCAACGGGAUCGGCAACGCAGUUGAACGAGAAGCAUUUAUCAAAGUCCGCUAAACCUCCAAUGCCACUGAGCGGUUCACAAACGCAAUUACGGAAACGUGUUAGCAAAUGAUUUUAAUUUUAUUUUUUUAGUUAAUUUUUUGCCGGUUUUUUCAUUAAGAUUUUAACUUUCACACAUUGUUACUUUGGUCAAUUUUGGAUCACAAGACAAAAUUUCACAAAAAGUUUUUAAACGAAUGAUGAGAGAAAUAAAUGAUAAAUUUUUAACUUAGAAU